CAUUCAACAGCAGACUGACCCGGACCACAGAGGAUAGCUAACGGUAAUCUGUCUCUCUCUGUCUCUCUCUGUCUCUCUCUCUCUGUCUCCCUCUGUCUCUCUCUCUGUCUCUCUCUGUCUCUCUCUCUCUGUCUCUCUCUCUCUGUCUCUCUCUCUCUCUCUCUCUCUCUCUCUCUCUCUCUCUCUCUCUCUCUCUCUCUCUCUCUCUCUCUCUGUCUCUGUCUCUGUCUCUGUCUCUCGCUCUCUAUCUCUCUCGGAGAGCUAACAGCUUCAUCUAACUCCACAGGAUAGUCUUCUAACUCCAGAGGAAACCAUAAGACCAUGGCUCCCCAGUUGUUGAUGUUGUCUCUGGUCUCAGCUCUCUACCUGGUGGCUCAGGGACAGGAGCAGCCUCAACCCAUAGAGGAGGAACUCAUCACAGCCAGUAAGUACUGUGGACUAGCCUACCUUACUUUACGCUAACCUUGCCUUACCUUACACUAAUCUUACCUUAUCCUAACCUUCCCUUACUGUACCUUAGCCUAACCUUACCUUAGUGUACCUUACCCUAACAUUACCUUAGUGUACCUAUCCCUAACCUUCCCUUAGUGUACCUUACCCUAACAUUACCUUAGUGUACCUUACCCUAACCUUCCCUUACUGUACCUUACCCUGACCUUACCUUAGUGUACCUUACCCUAACAUUACCUUAGUGUACCUAUCCCUAACCUUCCCUUACUGUACCUUACCCUAACCUUACCUUAGUGUACCUUACCCUAACCUUACCUUAGUGUACCUUACCCUAACAUUACCUUAGUGUACCUAUCCCUAACCUUCCCUUACUGUACCUUACCCUAACCUUACCUUAGUGUACCUUACCCUAACAUUACCUUAGUGUACCUUACCCUAACCUUCCCUUACUGUACCUUACCCUAACCUUACCUUAGUGUACCUUACCCUAACAUUACCUUAGUGUACCUAUCCCUAACCUUCCCUUAGUGUACCUUACCCUAACAUUACCUUAGUGUACCUUAUCCUAACCUUCCCUUACUGUACCUUACCCUAACCUUACCUUAGUGUACCUUACCCUAACAUUACCUUAGUGUACCUAUCCCUAACCUUACCUUACUGUACCUUACCCUAACAUUACCUUAGUGUACCUAUCCCUAACCUUACCUUAGUGUACCUUACCCUAACAUUACCUUAGUGUACCUAUCCCUAACAUUACCUUACUGUACCUUACCCUAACAUUACCUUAGUGUACCUAUCCCUAACAUUACCUUACUGUACCUUACCCUAACAUUACCUUAGUGUACCUAUCCCUAACCUUACCUUAGUGUACCUUACCCUAACAUUACCUUAGUGUACCUAUCCCUAACCUUACCUUACUGUACCUAUCCCUAACCUUACCUUACUGUACCUUACCCUAACCUUACCUUAGUGUACCUACCCUAACCAGCCAGUAGUAGUGUUGUGAUAUGAUACUAGCUGAAUCUAAACACAGCAAUACACUGAGCUGAUUCUGAUGAGCUAAACUUGAUCUGUUUAUUCAAUUAAUGCCUGUUCACUGACUGGUCCACUGACUGGUCCACUGACUGGUCUACUGACUGGUCCACUGACUGGUCCACUGACUGGUCCACUGACUGGUCUACUGACUGGUCCACUGACUGGUCCACUGACUGGUCCACUGACUGGUCCACUGACUGGUCCACUGACUGGUCCACUGACUGGUCUACUGACUGGUCCGCUGACUGGUCCACUGACUGGUCCACUGACUGGUCCACUGACUGGUCUACUGACUGGUCUACUGACUGGUCCACUGACUGGUCACUGCGGUCACUGACUGGUCUACUGACUGGUUCCACUGACUGGUCUACUGACUGGUCCACUGACUGGUCCACUGACUGGUCUACUGACUGGUCCACUGACUGGUCCACUGACUGGUCCACUGACUGGUCCUUACUGACUGGUCCACUGACUGGUCCACUGACUGGUCCACUGACUGGUCCACUGACUGGUCCACUGACUGGUCCACUGACUGGUCUACUGUGGACUAGAUUCAAUCUUCAGGUGAUUCAUGAAAUGGUUCAAUACCUUAAUCCAAACCCCGCUCAUUUGAAGAUUAAUUAAAAUGUUUGAUGUCAACAGGAGGGGAACUAGCAAGACAUAGAGGGUUAAAAGUCUGGUUGCUCUGGUGGCAGUGAAACAUUUAAAGGGGCAAUCCGGGAUUGGUGCCAUUUUGGACUUUACAUUUUUCUUAAACCAUCCAAACAAUUGGUAUAUAUAUUUUUGGCCUCCUUAACUUUUUUUGAAUCCCCAAAUGCCAUUUUAAGGUUGUUUGAAAACCCCUGUCUGUUGUCCAGACAUAAAUGACUCUCAGAAAUGCCAGAGCAGUUGAUGUCAUAUGUUGAGCUGGGCAGAAGCACACGGGAGAGAACUUUUUUUGGGCAGACUUUUUUUUUUUUACCACAAUAUUGACGCCAUCCUGCCCACUCAGCUCUCUGGUUCCUAUGAGUCAGAAGAGUUGGACUGUGUUGCUGUUCUGUUUUUCCUGACUGCUCCUGCUGCUGGGUAAGCCUUUAGUAUAGGAGUUAGCUUCAUAACCUCACAGUGGACCAGCCUCAAAUGUCUCCAAUCCCGCUUUCCAACCGCUACCUUUUCUUUAGUGUAAUUGACUAAGACGAGGUCAAGCGGGCGGUCACAUGUGUUUGCGAGACAGAAGAUCCUUGGUUCGAGCCCAGUAAGGGACAUGGGAAAAAAAGCAAUACCAUAGCCUUGGGAAGUAGGGGUGCUGAGGGUGCAGAAUUAAAAAACAAGUAGUGUACUGGUCCUUUACUAGUCCUGUAUUAAUGUAGUGUACUGGGCCUUUACUAGUCCUGUAUUAAUGUAGUGUACUGGUCCUUUACUAGUCCUGUAUUAAUGUAGUGUACUGGGCCUUUACUAGUCCUGUAUUAAUGUAGUGUACUGGGCCUUUACUAGUCCUGUAUUAAUGUAGUGUACUGGGCCUUUACUAGUCCUGUAUUAAUGUAGUGUACUGGGCCUUUACUAGUCCUGUAUUAAUGUAGUGUACUGAGCCUUUACUAGUCCUGUAUUAAUGUAGUGUACUGGUCCUUUACUAGUCCUGUAUUAAUGUAGUGUACUGGGCCUUUACUAGUCCUGUAUUAAUGUAGUGUACUGGUCCUUUACUAGUCCUGUAUUAAUGUAGUGUACUGGGCCUUUACUAGUCCUGUAUUAAUGUAGUGUACUGGGCCUUUACUAGUCCUGUAUUAAUGUAGUGUACUGGGCCUUUACUAGUCCUGUAUUAAUGUAGUGUACUGGGCCUUUACUAGUCCUGUAUUAAUGUAGUGUACUGAGCCUUUACUAGUCCUGUAUUAAUGUAGUGUACUGGGCCUUUACUAGUCCUGUAUUAAUGUCGUGUACUGGGCCUUUACUAGUCCUGUAUUAAUGUAGUGUACUGGGCCUUUACUAGUCCUGUAUUAAUGUAGUGUACUGGGCCUUUACUAGUCCUGUAUUAAUGUAGUGUACUGGGCCUUUACUAGUCCUGUAUUAAUGUAGUGUACUGGGCCUUUACUAGUCCUGUAUUAAUGUAGUGUACUGGUCCUUUACUAGUCCUGUAUUAAUGUAGUGUACUGGUCCUUUACUAGUCCUGUAUUAAUGUAGUGUACUGGUCCUUUACUAGUCCUGUAUUAAUGUAGUGUACUGGGCCUUUACUAGUCCUGUAUUAAUGUAGUGUACUGGGCCUUUACUAGUCCUGUAUUAAUGUAGUGUACUGGGCCUUUACUAGUCCUGUAUUAAUGUAGUGUACUGGGCCUUUACUAGUCCUGUAUUAAUGUAGUGUACUGGGCCUUUACUAGUCCUGUAGUGAUUAUAGCCGUCUGUAUAUCGGUCCCCCCCCCCGACAAACAUCUUCCCACCACAAUGAACAAUACUGUUAAUCAAGCGCAGCGACGCUGUUCCACUUGCUACUAAACAUGUAGGUGGUCUCAGUCUCAACGCGUUCCUCUCUUCUGUUCAGCUCCAUCUAACUGAGUCUGUGUGUUUGUUGUGGUUGUAGAGAACAUCCAGCCUCUGGGUGGCUGGUUCAACAGAGACCCAGAGAGCCCGGAGAUACAGACUGCUGCUAAAGCUGCCGUGGAGGCGUUUAACAGCCAGUCUAAUGCCAGGAAAUACUUCAGACUCAUCAACGUCAUCUCUGCUGAGACACAGGUGACAUCAUAAUCAUACUCUACUUCCUGUAUAGUGCACUACUUUUCCCAUUUUGGACACAUUCCUAUCCUUCUUGCUACCUCCCUUUACAUGAUACAGUCCUUUACACACCUUCUGCUAGUAAUGGAAGGAUUGGAUAACAUUCAUUUUAUAUAGUUGUACAUCACUGAACUUUUCAUGAAAAAAAACAUCUCUCAUUAUUAGUUAAUUUAGUCAACUAAAAAGCUGAUGUCAAUAGGGUUGUUAGGUUGUUUUUCCUAAGGCUCUCCUUUAUAUGACCAACACAGGUGACUAACAAGAUCAACUAUAAGAUUGAGGCGACCAUCGGGAAGACCAAGUGCCUCAAAACCGAGCACAACUCUGAUGUGGAGUCCUGUGUUCUGGGGAAAAGGGUGACUUUUCUAAAUAUUUACAUUUACAGCUUUGUCGUUACGGGCGGCAGGUAGCUUAGUGGUUAAGAGCGUUGUGCCAGUAACCGAAAGGUCGCUGGUUCUAAUCCCCAAGCCGACUAGGUGAAAAAUCUGUCGAUGUGCCCUUGAGCAAGGCACUUAACCUUAAUUGCUCAUGUAAGUCGCUCUGGAUAAGAGCGUCUGCUAAAUGACUAAAAUGUAAAUGUAAAAAUUUAGCAGAUGCUCUUAUCCAGAGCGACUUACAGUUAGUGAGUGCAUUUUUUUUUUUUUUUUUUUACUACAUGUAUUUUCUGAUGCUCAUAAAUUUACAGACCAAGGAAUACAGAUAUACUGUAUGGAACUUAAAAACGGUAUUUGUGUUCCAAAUGGCACCCUGUUCUCUAUAUAGUGCACUACUUUUGACCAGAGUAGUGCACUAUAUAGGGACUAGGGUGUCAUUUGGGACACUGGGUUACAUAAGUGUAAUUAUUACAUAAGUGCCUCUGCAUUGGGAAAGCUCCAGAUUUAGCAGCUUUUUCCUUUUAAUGGAGAGAUUUUUAGCACUUAAUGCAGAUACUGAGCUGGGUAUUAGAACCGUAUACUUAUGUAAGUAAAAAACUAAAAUGUUAUAGCUUGCAGUACAUAUACAGUACUUGCCUGGGGGUACCAGACUGGUUUGUGUUAUCAGACAUGUUGGUAACAAUAGCACAAACAGGUCUGGUACUUGGCCUAUACAGACAGUACACCAUGUAAUAUUGACCUCAUAGAUCACAGCAUAUGUACAGUAUAUUGACAUUAAUGUGACAUCGUUUGUUUGUUUUACAGCGUCUGACAUGUACGUUUGAGGUGUGGUUUAACCCUCGUAAUGACAAGCACGAGCUCUCCGCCUCCUCCUGCCAGAAGUAAGACUGA